AUUCGAAAUGGUGGACAAGAAUGCAUGCCAUGCCUUGUAGGAUUGCUCAAAAGACAUGGUAGAUUCGCAGGCUUUAAAGGUUAACUCUUCUGUACAUGGCUCAACAAAGAAAAUUAUCCCCAGGAGGCUAGCAUAUGUCAAAAAGAAAGAAAGAAAAGGUUUUGCAAUCUUCGAAUAGCGUCCAAGGAGAGAAGACUUGAAAACCUUGGAGGGGAAGAUGGUCCCUUUGAUGUCCUUAGAAGAGGCUACAAGGUAGGGUAAACCACAAUGGUUUGGAUACUGCAUGGCCUUUUUAUACAGUAUUCUGAAACACCUUCGGUCUGUUCUUCGUCCCCACAUCACAUGACAUUGUUACUAAAAAAACAGGAAACAGCCAUCUCUGCUUGUAAUCUCUCCAUAAAUACCUCUCCUUCCCUUCAGUCCUUCCCCACCACCCUCCACACUUCUCUUCUCUUUAGCCCCUUCGUCCAUCCUCACCGCCUGAAUUUCUUCUCAUCACCCAAAAAGUUGUAAAGCACAAGCUAUCUGAAGUCACCAAAUGGCUAUAAGAAAAUCAAACAAGUCUCCUCAAACAUCAGCUCUCAAACAAAUUGUCAAAAGAUGCUCAAGUUUUGGAAAGAAAAAUGGCUAUGACCAAGAUGGCCUGCCUGAUGAUGUACCGAAAGGCCAUUUUGCAGUUUAUGUAGGAGAGAACAGAAGCAGAUACAUUAUCCCAAUAUCAUGGUUGGAUCGUCCUGAGUUUCAAAGCUUACUCCAAAGAGCUGAAGAGGAGUUUGGCUUUAAACACGGCAUGGGCCUCACUAUUCCUUGUGAAGAAGUAGUCUUUCGGUCUCUAACAGAGAUGAUAAGAUAAAAGGAAUCAAAAUAUUUGUGAUUAUCACAAGGCCUGUUGGGAACAUACUCCAGUUAAACAUGUUGCCUUUUGGCUUCUGUCAGAGUUAUAGUUAACCUCCAGCUGCUAUAACCCUGACGAAGAGACAUUAUUUGACAUAGUUAGGUGUCCAUAUUUGUUUUCAUAUUGUAUGGAGUUUUUCCUUUCAGAACAGUUUGUGUUAUGUUAUAACUCUGUACUAUAAUGAAUGCCUUCUUGGUGGGGGGGCUAACCCUAGCUACCUUUCACAUC